AUGUCUUCUCGCCCUACAUCUGCCAGUAUUCCACAUCGAACUUCCAUCUCCUCGACCGCCUCUUCUCAACCUUCUCAGCCCUCACAACAGUCCCGAGCUCAAUCUCAACCACAACCGCAGAAACUUACCGCCCAGCAACUCGCCGAGCGAGUCAUUUCGCCAGGCUCCAUCUUGUUUCAGCACUCGGCCGCCCCUCUUCCAGCACGACAACGACUCCAAGAGAGGGGCCACGCUGAAAUGGAUCGGAGACAUCCCAGUUCUUUCCAGCAGUUGGAGAAGCUUGGUGAGGGCACCUAUGCCACUGUCUACAAAGGUCGCAAUCGACAAACCGGUGAACUGGUCGCACUCAAAGAGAUUCAUCUCGACUCAGAGGAAGGCACUCCAUCGACUGCGAUCCGAGAGAUCAGCUUGAUGAAAGAGUUGAAGCAUGAGAAUAUUGUCACCCUUCACGAUGUUAUUCACACCGAGAACAAACUCAUGCUGGUCUUCGAAUACAUGGACAAGGAUUUGAAGAGAUAUAUGGAUUCAAGAGGCGACAGAGGACAACUAGACCACCCAACCAUCAAGCGCUUCAUGCAAGACCUGUUUCGAGGUACCGCUUUCUGCCACGAGAAUCGAGUGCUUCAUCGUGAUCUGAAACCACAGAACUUGCUCAUCAGCACCAAAGGUCAAUUGAAACUGGCAGAUUUCGGACUGGCACGAGCUUUUGGAAUCCCCGUCAAUACUUUCUCCAAUGAAGUGGUGACACUAUGGUACCGAGCACCAGAUGUGCUUCUUGGAUCUAGGACAUACAACACCAGCAUCGACAUCUGGUCCGCGGGCUGCAUCAUGGCGGAGAUGUACACCGGACGACCUCUUUUCCCCGGCACUACCAAUGAGGAUCAACUGCAGAAGAUAUUCCGAUUGAUGGGAACGCCAUCGGAGCGAACCUGGCCUGGGAUAUCCCAAUUGCCUGAGUACAAGAGCAACUUCCCCUCAUACGCCACUCAGUCAUUGGCCAUUCUUCUGCCUCAGAUCGACCAACUCGGACUUGAUCUGUUGAGCAAAUUAUUACAACUGAGACCUGAGAAUCGAAUCAGCGCCCAGGAGGCACUCCAUCACCCGUGGUUUCAAGAUCUACCCAACUAUGCAGGUCAUGGACGCGCUCAUGUUGCAGGUACAAUGCAUCAACAAGGAGGCAUUUCUAGUGGAUAUGGCACACAACCUGGCAUGGUCUCAGGCGGAUACUAG